GUACACAGUCCUUUCUCCUCGAAGCACCAACCGACCAUCGUCUCUCUCCCCCGGCAACAGUAACAUCAUGUACCGCAAACAACCACUAAUCCGACUGCCGUUUCUCUUCUACGGUAGGGCCUUGUACCGCAGAUUUCCAACGGAGAUCAGAUCCCCUUUUCGCCGGCGAGUUUCUGGAUCAAUCCUCUCCCAUCUCCAAGUCCAACACAUUGAACUCGACCGCCGUCCCCAAUGGAAUUCGAUUCCGGAGCUUUAUAUUCCGAGUUGAUUGAUUACCCAUUGUGGCGGAGCAAGCAAAUUCAGUUGCCGACUGGCAGUUAAAGGAGCCGCAUGGUGGUGGGUUAUCCGUACAGUCGGAGUCGGACAAAGGUUUGUUUUGUUUGUUUCUGUUUUUAAACUAAUCGCCUGUGGUUCUGCUUUACUUUAGGUUAUGUAUGAGUGGAUUCAAACGACGGCAGCAUAGACCUAGAGUGGUAAAGGCUGAUGCUUCGUCACUCGCACAUAUCACGGGAAGAAACCCUAAUCCAGGCCAUGGAAACCGCGGCGGAGAAGGACCAUCUACUGUGUCAAAGCCAGUCAAGCUUACAAUCUCGAGAACCCCACCAGUCCGGAUCGAGUAACCUUGAAUCUACUGCUUUGAUCAGAGCCGUAUGGCAGGAAUCGAAGAACUUGUGGCUCAUUGCCGGGCCCUCGAUCUUCAGCCGGGUCGCCAUGUUUUCAUUGACAGUCGUCACCCAAGCGUUCGCGGGACACUUGGGUGAACUAAAUCUCGCCGCCAUUUCCAUGGUUUGCUUUGUCAUCAUCGGCAUCAGUUUCGGCUUCCUGUUAGGAAUGGCGAGCGCGCUGGAGACAUUGUGCGGCCAAGCAUACGGAGCAAAACAAUACCAUAUGUUGGGAAUAUAUAUGCAGCGUUCCUGGAUUGUGCUGUUCUUGUGCUCCCUACUGCUUCUGCCAUUGUUUCUGUUUGCAGCACCGCUAUUGAAAUUGAUUGGGCAGCCAGCAGAUGUGGCAGAGAAGACGGGCCUUGUGGCUCUAUGGUUGAUACCAUUUCAUCUGAGCUUCCCGUUUCAGUUCACAUUGCAAAGGUUCUUGCAGUGUCAGCUUAAGGCGGGAGUCGUCGCUUGGGUCUCUGGUGGAGCUCUUGUUCUCCAUGUUGUAGUGAGCUGGGUUUUUGUUCACAAGUUGCAAGUUGGGAUUGUUGGGGCUGCUAUUACGAUCGAUUUCUCUUGGUGGGUGUCUGUCUUGGCCAUGUUCUUGUACUGUGUUUGUGGUGGCUGCCCGAAAUGUUGGACUGGUUUCUCGGAUCAAGCUUUUGUGGGACUCUGGGACUUCUUCAAACUUGCAGUAGCUUCUGGAGUUAUGCUUUCGUUGGAGAACUUCUAUUACAAAGUGUUGAUUAUAGUUUCUGGGUAUAUGCAGAAUGUUAAGGUCGCAAUCGAUGCCCUCUCUAUCUGCGUAACAAUUUAUAGCUGGGAGUCCAUGAUUCCACUUGGAUUUUUAGCUGCAGCUGGGGUGCGGGUUGCAAAUGAGCUUGGUGCAGGGAAUGCUAAAGGGGCCCAAUUUGCAACGAUAGUAUCGGUGACAACAUCAGCAGCUGUUGGACUGUUCUUUGGCAUAAUCAUCAUGGUCUUUCCCGAAGAACUUGCUGCAAUCUUCACAUCGAGCUCCUCCGUUAUCUCAAUGGUCAAUGAAUUGGCAGCGUUGCUGGCUUUCACCGUCCUUCUGAACAGCAUUCAACCGGUUCUUUCUGGUGUGGCCGUUGGAUCAGGCUGGCAAGCAUCGGUGGCAUUUGUAAACAUAGGAAGCUACUACAUUGUCGGACCGUUAGGAGUACUGUUCGGUUCGUGGUUGCUUCACUUUGGUAUCCAAGGUAUUUGGGUCGGAAUGCUAGCCGGAACUGUGGUUCAAACUUUGGUGCUAACUGUAAUGACCCUGAGAUGCCAGUGGGAGAAAGAGGCCGAAAAAGCUCGAUCCCAGGUAGAUAAGGGUACCAACCAUUUGGGAUUCUUCUCAAGCCUUUGAUACUGUUGGAGUCGAGAGGUGGAAGAAGCUUAUUCUUACCCCUAUCGCUGGAGGGAAGAUAUCUUUGUAAUGGACUUAGUUUUGGGGUCUUGGUUUUGACCAACAAAUAGUCUAGAAAUUGUUAUAAAUUUUUGUAAACCAAAACCUCAUAUUAUAAAUUUUGGUAAAAAAAAAAACCCCCUCAUAUUUUAUAAGUUGUAAAUUUCUACUACGAAUAAAAGAACAAAAAUUUC